AUGAGGAAGCGAGACCUGGGGAUUCUCCUUCUGUGCGCGUUCGCCAUCUUCUUCUCUCUCCAGGUAUGCCCAUUGUUCUGUCGUGGAUUCUUUCUUGCGGUUCCGCUGCACCGGAAUCCGCUUGUCUAGUAGUGGGGGAGUUGUCGGAAGGUAGGUAAAUCUGAAGUGAAGUCCGUGUUUUGCCGAGAUAUUUGGUGCCUUCAGAAUUCCCUUCGUGAUUUUUUUCUCUGUUAGCCCUGAACUUGUGAAGGCUUUCGAUCGGUGAAUUUCUGGGAAGUACUUUUUUCGGGGGGAAUUUCUCAUUCCGUGUGCUUGGUGAUAUCCGUCACAGUGUUCACCACGUUUUUCGAAAACAGUUUUUUUUUGGCAUAAUUCUGGACUGUCGCGUGCUGUUUAAUCAUAGCAUGACAUCUCUUCUCUGUUUAAGGCAUCUUUCAAAGGAGAACUCGAUUCCAUACUAUCGUCAUCCAUGCAUGUUCCAUGUGCCAUUUUCUGACCGUUCUGAUCUUGAUGUCUGUUUUCUCGCACAUCAGACUCGAAAAUUUCCUUCACGAGUAGACUGCGUGUUUAACGGUGUGAGACGCUUUCUGCUGCAUAUUUGCCUUUUUUCUUUUUGUAACUUCAGUAUUUCUUAGCCGAUUAGUCCAAUGAAUCCGUGUACUCAUCAAUUUUCUUUCACUUUUCCCCUCCCAGCAUGAAGGUGAUUUUUCCUUUAAAGAGGCUUGGUUCCACCUCUCUGAUGAGUACCCAAUCAAAUAUGAAGCGGAUCGUCUUCCUCCACCUAUUAUAGCUGAUUUAAACGGCGAUGGGAAGAGUGAAGUUCUGGUUGCAACUCAUGAUGCUAAAAUUCAGGUAUUAUUUUGGAUGUAAAGAUAAUCGUCUGGUCUAGUUUGCUUAGAGGAACUGCGUCUUGUGUCAAAAUCAAUUACAGUAGAUAUCGCUGUAUUUUAUUACCAUGAUUCUUUUGACGUGAGUUUAUUGCUUCUCAAGUUACGUUUGCUGGCAAGUUACCCAUUGGAUUUCCAUGGAUAUCCUUCUAUAAGUUCCUUGUUUUUUUUCCCUAAUGCUACCGGCACAUCAAAGUUUGUAAGAAAACGGAAAUCUGAUACGGCCAUAGUGGAGUGUUAUUUGAGAAGUUACACUUCCGCCUUGUUCAACAGUAGAUUUUUUCUGAUCUUUGAUUAAAUUUAUUCGUGCUAUUGUCAAGUUGAUGUCUUUUCAAGCUCUCCUCUUAUUGGAUAAAUUUCAUAGGUUUUGGAACCUCACACCCGACGUAUUGAUGAAGGCUUCAGUGAAGCACGUGUGUUGGGAGAGGUGUCUCUGCUGCCUGAUAAAGUUCGCGUUUCAUUUGGGAGGCGUCCUGUUGCUAUGAGUGUGGGUGUAGUUGAUCGUUCUUAUAAAGAUGGUGAAGUAAAAAAACAGGUCCUGGUUGUUGUUACAUCAGGCUGGUCAGUUAUGUGUUUCGAUCACAAUCUUAAAAAGCUGUGGGAACAUGAUUUGCAGGUAUUCUCAGAUUUUUAUUUCAUUUAUUAAUUGUCAACUAUACCGCGCUCUCUAAUAUGUGGUAGAAGGGAUCUCUUUGCUGAAAAUAGGCUGUGAUGCUGCUUCAAUUUAGCUUUUCUUGCGUUUUGAAUUUUAAUAAUUGUCUUGACUGUACCUUUCUUUGUCCUUUCCAGGAAGAUUUUCCUCAUGGUACUCACCAUAGAGAGAUAGCGAUUUCAAUUAGCAACUAUACACUAAAGCAUGGAGAUGCAGGCUUGGUUAUCGUUGGGGGAAGAAUGGAAGUGAUGCAACAUUAUGUAUGUAACUUUCUUGUAUAAAAUUAUUGUUUUAAGUUAUUUCAUUUGGCGGUCAUUGUCCAACCUUAGAUGUUUAUCUGUUGACGUAGAACAUACAUAAAUUUAUAUAUAAAGGAAAUGGUAAGAUAGCUAAUCUUACCAUUUCGGGCGUAUAUAUAAAGGAAGUUUAAUUAUCUUUUAAUUUAGAACAUAAUGUUUAGUAUUUUCAGUGAUUGUAAAUUCAAGCCAUUGCUUAGGGGAUCGUAUAACACCAUUCUCUUUUUGUUUGAAUUUUUCUGCAUAAUAAGGGGUAUUAAUUUGGUAAAGUGUUUCAGAUGUCUGCUGAUGCAUUCGAGGAAACACUCAUGGGCAGAGCAGACAAAGAUGCUGAGCAUCACCGACGAAGUGCGAAUGAAAAAGAGGUGAAUAGUUGUAUUUCAUUUUUUCUUUGUCAUAUCAUGGGUGAAAGUAUUCUGAGCCAAUUGGAUCUGCUGGUUGAUAGUUACAUCAGCAACUCCAUAUAAUUAUGUUGUCUGUUGAAUUCACCGGGAAUUUGUCCUCUGGAUUUUCCUAAAGCAAGAAGUGUAACCAUGUGUCGUUGCUAUCAGUUUAAGUGGUUAUUUCUAUUAUCUUAUUUUUCUGUGGGAUCUUCAUAUUUAUAGUUUCUAGCUGUCAUACUCAAUUACCAUCUUACAAAUUUUGUCCUUUCCCUCCAUUGUUUACUUAAUGUUUCAUACGUGAGGACUAUAUUGAGAUACAGGUUCUCUGUUAUGCACCCAUCUUUUGACUUGUUUGCAAUCUUGAUUAGCAAUCCUAUCCGAUAUUAAUAUAUAUAUAUAUAUAUAUAUAUAUAUAUCUGAUCUCUCUUGAAAUUGAGAAAAAAAAUGAAGAACAAAAUGUUAACCAAGAGCUUGUUGCCGCAAUAAGGAUAAAGAAAAGGGAGGUUGAUUCUUCUCCAGAACUGGCUAUUGUAUAUCAGAAUCUCACAUGUGAUCUGAUUUCAGGAGGUAAACCUAGCUUCCCUUGAAAAUGACAGUUAAAAGAAGAGAAGAGAAAAGAAAAGGAAAAGAUCAGCUAUUAACUGACCUUUUUUUUGUCCCAUGUGGGAUUAGACGUUUAGCUACUGUUGGUGGAAAAGAAGGAAAAACAACUCCGGCACCUAUUUCCAGACAACGGGAAACAAAAAUGAAAGAAACAUUUGCCUAUAUCUUCAGUAGACACAUCCUGCCACCAUCCCCAACCAUGGGUUUGUUAUAAGCGUUACUUUUUAUCAAAAGUAUUUAUGAACCUUCACAGAAGAAAAAUAAUGUUAAAUGUACUUUUUGUAAUAUACUAUCCUUCCAUUUUCUGACUCAAAUCAGUCUUUUCCUCGUAGACGAGUGAGUUUGGCUUAUCUUACUCCCAACAAGGCCGACUUGUCAAAGGCUGAUUUCUACAUGUGAUUCCAUUUUUAAAAGCUUCAACAGCGAAGGAUUGCCUUUGAAGAACAUUUUUUGAUGGUUCAAUGUAGCCUGGUGUUACGGGAUCAUAAUUUUGUAAGAGUUUUGAAUGAGAAAAAAAAGAUGAACCAAACUUGGUUGUAGGUGAGGAGGAAAGAUUUGAUAUAAAUCCAGCAUAAUAUUUGCCUGAAUCCUGGAAUAUAAUUAACGUCUCCCACCCCAAGAAGCUAGCAUUGCGCAAGAUAAAGUUGAAUAGGCAUUUUUGGUCUCUUUGGUUGUGUUGUGUUCAUAAUGAUUGUAUAAAGUCCAAAUCGGUCAAUGAGGUGCUGUUCCGUUGAAGAAAAAUGAAAAUUAACCAUAGGUACAACAUCAACUAUAAUGCAUUAACCUUUUUUGCAUGUCCAUUUUGACCUUCUGUAGAAAAUUUGAGAUUUUCAAACAUGUCUGGUUGAACUUGUGUUGAUUAUACUAUCGUAUGACUCUUUAGAGUGAUGCUCAUAUACUAUACUUUUCACCUUCAUCUAUUUUCUUUUAAGAUAUGAAAAUUAAGGUUGCUUCAUCAAUGCUGGAAGUAGAAAGUAAUCAUAGAUUUCUUUUGCUCUGAAAUGUUGUCCGCCUAAAGCAGUCUUCUAAUUUGAUACACAAUAUUAGUCCAACGCUAUGUUUUUCUGAGGCUUGAAAUCUGAUUCACCUGUAAGCUUCAAAAGAGUACAUACUAGCUGGAAUUGGGGUAUUUAUCCCAACCUGCCAACUAACAUUUAGACAAAAUGGGCAAGGGGAUGGUUGCCAGUAGUUAUGAAAUCUUCCUAGUUUACUUGAUCAAUUGGAUCGUUAAAUAUGCCUCUAGAUUGAUAAUUGAUGAGCUCAUCUUAAUAUACUAUCAUAUGUUCAUUUUCUUUAGUUGAUUGAUACCCUGAUAUUUGACCCAAUUUUUUGGUUUCUAAAUGAAAAACUUUUUCUUUACAAAAAGUAAUUUCUCUCCAGUACUUUGAUAAUGACCUAAUAGCCUCCAUGAUGAUGCUUAAGGCGACUAAUGAUAUGAUUGAAAAGUAUAUUCAGGCCACAUUAGAUGUAAAUAUCUGUUUGCCAACAAGUGGUUUCGGAAAACAGUUUUAUCUUCAACCCAACUUGUACUAUGUUAUUUCCUUGAGCUCUGUGACCCCCAUUGCUUUAGCCAUUAUAUUUUGGGUAGUAAUUAUGUAUGCCAUGGUUUUUCUUCCUGAAUGUCUCGCUGGGCUAGCAAACAAUGUUAAGAUGUGGAAAAAUAUUACCCUUGACGACACCUAAAAGAAACUUUCCGUUAUUCAAGUUAGUUUCUGUCUCUAACGUGAGGCCCUAUUGGAAGAUAGCUUGCACUUUGACUGGUCACACAAAUUAAUCAUCUACAAAGCCCCACAAAAUUAUGCUAGAAAUUUGUAUUACAUUUUUUCUAGUAUUUCCCUUUUCUUUCCUGAUCUUUCAUUCAAUUAAUUACUAAAGUACUCCAAUGCUUACAGGCAAACGGAAGCUCUGAUGUCCUCGAUCAACGCCAUUUUGCAUUGUAUGCUUUUGCUGGUCGAAGCGGCACUCAACGUUGGAGUAGAAAAAAUGAGGUACCCUGCAUUAUUGGCCAUUUUGAUGGAGAUUAUAUUGUGUUUGAUGGAUUUUGGGAUCAUGAUAACUUGUACAAACUAAAAGCACGGUUUUAGGGGUUUCAGAUAAUUUUUCAGCCAAUUUUUUUGCUUGUUUUCCUAUGUGUGAACAUGAUCAGGUAAACCCAUUUUUUGAUAAGGAAUUUUUCCCUAUUUCAAUGAGGUCUAGGUAAAAAUCACAAAAUGAACUACCCAAGUUGGAAAGUUCAGAAGAAUACUCAACAAAUAUGCUUACCUAUAUUCCUUGUCGAUGUCAGAAUCAUGCCAAUGAAUUCUAAUAUUGGUUCAAAUUGGCCACUACUUGAUCAAUACACCAGCUAAAAUGUUUGGUCUGGUUUACAAUGUGUAGCGUACAGGUUGAUUUUAAUUUUUUUAACUUACCGCAUUCUCAUUGCUACUAAUACUUGGAAUUUCAUUAUUGAUGAACUUAAAUUCGUGUAUGUACAAUGUGAGCUUCAUCGCCUAUUAUUGUUUGUUAAAAAAAGUAAGUAGCUGAGAAUAAGAUGUCAGCAACUAGUAUGAUUGAAUGGAACGUCAUUUCAAGGAAAAUUCUUUGUUCACUAGUUUCAAGACUUGGUUUUGCACAACCGAAAUUGUUUGUUGAUGAAUCAUUUGAUUUUCCUUAUUUGGGUGAAAUUACAGAAUGUUCACACCCAGCAAUCAGAUCAGUCACUGUUGAUUCCCCAGCAUAACUAUAAGCUUGAUGCUCAGGCAUUAAAUACUAGGCAUCCUGGGGAGGUAUGUAGCUAAUCUUUUUUCUGAAUCUGUAAGUUUUGUGCUUAGCUGUCUAGUCAUCAUUAUGCUUAUAUGAUUUGGUUUGAAUAUUUUUGCUGUAUUUUUAAUUUUAAUUUAAGACAAGACUAGGUACGAAAGCAUUUAGCACGAUACCCUGUGGUUUCAAAGAAUGCGAGUCAUGAGAUGAUAUGAGUGCUCUAACUGUAUAUGGGUCAAAGCACAAUUUUUCCUGUUAGGCAGCACUAUGUUGUAUGGAUAUUCGUUUCCUGAUAUAGGUAGCGCAUCCAAAACAGUCAAAAGGAAAGAAACUUCUCGAAAGAUGCUAAAAAUAUACAUUUUCUCUUUGAACAUAGGAUGGAAAAAAUUAAAGAUAAAUCGUUUUAAAGGUGACUCCACAAAAGGGCGCAAUUGACACCUGCCUAAGGUCAGACUUUGACUAUAAUAUUCCCUAUGGGAGUGUCUUUUAUGCAUUCAAUACUGUCAUGGAAACUUUCACUCGACUAUCUUCUUCGAUAACAUUUAAUUAUAUGACUGCCAUCUUCUCUGAACAACUUUGUUGCCAUAAAUUCGAUUAUUAAUUUCAUUCCUAAUAAUCCAAAGAGACUCAUAAAUGACAAGCUUCCAAAAUUUAUGGGUCCCAUUCUACUAUCCACUGUUGACUCAAACCUGUCCCAGAGCGCCCAUCCCAGGUAAUGUUAUUGUUUUCUCAUUUUACUUGAUCUCCUACAAAAAUGGAAUUCACGUGACAAUUGAUUUGUUCACUCUGUCUCCUCCCCAUAUGUGUUACAAGGGACCAUCAUUUAUGGAUCCCAAUUGAUUACAAGCUUAUGUAGGGAGGAGGAUGAGUGAAAUUCUUCACAUCAAAAUCUCCACCUUGAACAAAAUUCCAAACUUAUUCAUACUAGGCCAUCUUUUGUUUUCUCUCUCGCAAUCCUGUUAUCCUCUGGUAGAACCAAGUUCUUGCCAUAGGUUAGAUACCAAGUUCUUCUCUAUUCUCUUUUGUCUAGAAAAUCCUCCCAGGCAAUGUCGUCUCAUGUCCUACGAUUCUGUCGACUAAAAAUCUACAAUAAUGUGGUAAAUGUUGCCUCCAGCUGCUUACCCAGUAUUUCUGGGAUACUGAACAAAGAAUGUAGUAUACGUGCUUGCUUUCAUUAGCUUCAGAUACAAACCUAAUUUCUCGUCAUUCAGGGGAAAAAUUAAAUGUACUUUUGUCGACUUCAAUAUGAAACAUUGGGUCGCAUUUGAUUUUCAACAUUUUUUUUGCCUGACGCAGGAAUAAGGGUUACUGUAACGGUGAUUUAGUGUUCUAAUAUAUAUUUCCUUUAAAUUUUCUAUAUUACAGUUUGAGUGUCGAGAAUUCAGGGAAUCAAUCCUUGGUGUCAUGCCACACCAGUGGGUGAGUACAUAUUUCCUGUAAUUGAGACAUUCUGUAAACAACUUUUUUUAUUUAUAAAGCAGUUGCUUCUGUUCAGGAUAGGAGGGAGGACACCUCUCUUCAGCUGACCCAGUUUAGAAGACACAAGAGAAAAUUACAGAAGAAGAACCUUGGUAGAACUACCAUUAAUCAUCUGCAUGCACCCGUGGAAAAGCAUGCUCCAGGGAAGGAUUCAACAAAUAAAAUUGCAAAUGUAAUUGGAAAAGCGGCAAAGUAUGCUAACUCUGCAAAAGCUAAAAAGGUGAACGUUAUGCAAUGUUUUAUGUAUUUAUCAAAUUAUCAUCAGCCUCAGAUGUUCCUUCAUUGCUGAUGGACUUUAACCCAUGAACAGUCGAUAUAUACUGCCAGUACAGUACUUGUCUUAUUCUCAUUACUUGGAUUCCUCAUUUUUCAUAUAGACGCAUGGACAACCAUAUGAAGAGUUGCAUUGACUUAGUUCUUCUCAUCCUUCUCCUGAAUACCACAUCGCCAUCUAUUUGUUUACUGUGAGAGCUAGCCUGCUAAAAAGAGAGUUACACAAGAAAGAAAGAUUGCAACUUUGUCAAAAGAUUGGUCAGGAGAGAGAAUUAACAGUAGAUUUAUGGGGUUGUCAAAAUUUGUUAGUCUCAGGAAGUUCUGGGAGCUGAAAGGAGAAUGGAAGAAAGUAGGUUACGAGGAGCUCCUUAAGAAAUUCAGUAGGGAACUUUUAAAAGGUGAUUAAAGAAUAAUAGAAGACUGAGAAAGUGUGAUGUAUCAGAGAGCUUUGGAUUAGACCUUUGCGCCUGUUCUCUCCUCAUUCAGACUCUAUGGAAAGGUUAGAUCCGUACUGAUGUACCAGUCUGCUUUCUUAAAAUCUGGAGCACAAUUAUCAACCAAGAAAGUACAGGAGGAAUAAGUUUCGUGUUCUUUAGCUGCUAUAACGUUGAACAGGUCGAGGCCCGGAGAAAGAACAUUCUACCAGAAACAUUGGAAGUGAAGAUUCCAAGUGGAACGGAAUCAAAAUGGAUUACUCGUAUCCUGUCGUGGAUAUUUUUUUCUUUGGGGUUCUGUUUUAAUAUUUGAUAGGAUUUAGGGUUUCUUUCUGUCCACAAGUCCUAUCAGGAUUUGAACUGCCGGCCGUUUAAAUCCUCUGGAGCUCUACAAACGGGCUAUGUACAUUUUUUUAUUUUAGUUCGAAUUGUUACCCUUCUCUAGUCAUGGAUUUAAAACUGUUUCUUGGAGGAUCCCAAGAACACCUUGGUGCAGGUGCUUUGGCCUUGAGUUUCUUAUGAUCUCAUCUUCUGGGGCGAUGCGUCACUGGAUAUUCUGCUAUUCCCAGUCAUCCCCAUUCACCAGAGGAGUUUGAACAUCGUUUAAAGUACGUCAUUUUAAGCUGAAUAGAGGAAAAGCUCUGUAGGAAACUCUCUUCUAUGUCUCAGAUAUUAGUAUUCAAGAAUUCAAUGCAGAUCCCAAUUAGGAUCCAAAUAAAUCAGGGUUUCGAUCGAAUAAAGCUUUAAUGUUCCCAUUUUCUGUUCAGGAGAAGUGGUUAUUUACCGAAAGUGUAGAGAAAGCAGAGAUAAUGGUGGCAACCAAUGCAAGCUAGAUUUGGAAAUGUUGGAAGAGAAAUAGAGUCAGAUUUUACCAAUAACUUGAUUUCAUGUUUUGGAGAUUUACCAAAUACUGGAAUCACAGGUUUUCCUCCGAUCAAACAAAAACAUGACAUAAGUGAGUAGGAGCUUAUGGUUUGGAUGAGUCAACUGAUUCACUAGGGCAAGUAGUUUGGAAGGGUACUCCCUGAGGAGAGUCGGUAUUUAUUUGGGAGGAUUCUGUGUUUGAUAAUUAUCUACAGAGCUGAUGUUGGGGGUGCUUUAUGAGGAGAACAAGGGAAGAAACCUUUGAGAUAGGUAAAGUUUUUUUAAUCUUGUAAAAUGUUCAAAUCUCAAAAACCUGUUAUUUCUUUCAUGAACAAGAAUAUCAUUCUAUGUCGUUAGAGUACAACAUCAGGUCCCUAUAGGAAAUAUCUAGCAAUGAUUUUGUUGAUAAUAUUUCUGAAUCAUCUAUAUCCAGAACCAAUGAAUAUGGGAACCAACAUAUUGAUGAAUACAGUUCAAGUAAAUAGAGCCAUUAUCUUUAGAGAGUCAAUAAAUAUAAAGCGAAUUGAAAUUCGCAGUUUUGACUCGAGGUCGGAUUUGUGGUAAAGGGAGCUAUCAGUGAAAGGGCAUACUGGCAAACUGGGUUAAUAAGGAAGGGAGGAAGGUACGCGUGACUACUUCUACAAUUUUCUUUCCCACGUAUUACAGAGCGUGAAGGAAAGAUAAAACCACUUGAAACAGAGCUGAAAUAGGAGAGGAUAGUAGUCGCUCUGGACGAACUGCCGUAGACCUAGUAUCCACAUGUAAGGUAAAAAGACAAGACACGUUGGAAUAAGAAGAGCAUUGGGAACAUCUGAGAUUCUGUCCACUAUGCCUCAAGUUUGAGUAAAUCACCGGGAGAUGCUAUUCAAAUAUCAGGUCUGCUCCUGUAAAGCAAGGGAAAAUUUGGAGACACCAGAUAUGGGAGUUUCUUUCAUGGAUAAUGAAGAGUUACGAAACUUAUUGGGACAAGUGAUGGUCUACGGAAUGGGUUUGAAAAGAAAGAACACCAGAUACAUCUACUGUGACGGUAAAGAGGGAAAUUGCAGUUUUUUCCAGAGCGUCAUAGUGAUGAAUAGUCCAAUACCUUAGAAAGAACAUGAGAAAUGAAAAUUUUACCCCUUUUUUUGGUAACCAAUGUUACGGUUUAUUUUAUUUUAACCUCCAAAAUAUCUCAGGGACUGAUAACUAGCUCUUACUGUCGCUGCAGUUUGCUUCUCCAUCGUCAAUCACGGGUCAUGUCUUUCUAUCAGUUUAUUUUUUUUCACUAUUAGUCUGUUAAUGCAGUCACAGGGUCCCUUUUCUCCCUUUCCCUGCUGAAGGUUAUGGAAACCAACUUCAAUUUAGUUACUCUUUUGCAACUAAAGGUAAGCCUGUAGUGGGAAGAUGUAGCCCUUUCAUGACUAGCGAGUGAGCUAAUGCCAUGUUACCUGUGGCAUAAUUUUUAACUCUCUAAAUUAUGUUGGUUCCUAUGGCAUUUUUUUCUUUUUCAUUAGUUUAGUUACAGGUUCUAUGGUUUAAUGACUGACGCUGAUUAGUUUUUUCUAAUUCGCUUAUUUAUGAUUGUAGAAACUGUCAUAUUUUCCUACGAUAACAAAUCAUACUCAGCUUUGGUGGUUACCAAAUGUCGUUGUUGCACAUGAAAAGGAAGGAAUUGAGGCCAUUCAUUUAGCCUCUGGCCGCACAUUAUGCAAGGUAUGAUACAUAGUAAAAUAUGACAUGCUAUAAUUUUUUUAAUAAGUUUUUUCUGAUUCAUUCAAAACUUCCUGUUUUAGUUCGCGUCGCUCAAAUUCCCUUCGUUUUUCCUACAAUAGAUUACGAUGAUCAUUUUAAGAAAAUGAGAGUGAUGUAUUAUUUAUCACUCGCCAGGUAAUGGCCUUCUUGUGGCUUUAAUAUUUCCAACCAUCGUUAUUGCACAGUGUUGUGCUUUUAGUUUUCAGUUUGUGUAUAGAAGUGUGCUGUCACCUUUUAAUUUUUCUUAUGUAUCUAUCCAAAUUAGUUUUGUUCGGAUUGACUAUUAGUCUGCUGCCACAUUAAUUUUUCAUAUGAAAAAGUUGAUGGAUACUGUUUUUUUUUUUUUUGGAAGGAACGCUUCAUUGUGCUUGCUAAACCUUGUGAUGCUAACAAAACAUGAUACUACACUGUUGUACAUUGACGCAGCAGAAGUUGCAGGAAGUAGAGAAUUCUGCCUUGAAUACAUAAGGCACGAAUUUUGAAGAAGAAAUCAGGUUCUUAAUCCAUAGAAUUGGAAACUUCAAUCCUUAAUCCACAAGGAUUAACUGGGGCGAACCUUGAAUCCACAAGGAUCAAAAUUUACUCCCUCGAAUCCACAAGGGAGGGCGCUUGAAUCCACAAGCCAGGAGACACCACAAAGGGUGAAAAUUCCUACUGACCAAGAUGAUUUUAGGUUUACAACGUGGUGUCCUUAAAAUUAGGCCGAAAUUCAGUUGAGACGCCUCUAAAAAUCGGGUCAGUUUGAGAAACAAAUUCAAAACGCCUUAGAAACAGGAUAGUUGCUAAAAACUAAGACUCUGACGCGUUAUUCACGCAAUUUAUUUAAGCAUAAUCUGGUUUUGGGCCUUUUUAGGUUUUCUCAUCUUUGUAAUCCACUUUUCAAGUUUCUAGAAUGGCUGGACCAUGUUUUCUUUCAAAGUGGAUUUUCUUUUUUAUGUUUGAUAAUUUAAUGAAAAUGUGGCAGUACCCAUGUCAAAAUGAAAACAGACUGGAGUUAAUUGCUUCUAAUAAUUUUCUGAGAAUUCAGUUACACCAGUACCCUUCUAUAAACGUCGCUGUUCUUUAAAACUGGAUAACUUCAUAUCGAUUAAAGAAAAGGAGAAGCUAACAUUGACAAACUCAGUAUUCUUUGAAACAUCCUCUUUAAAAAAACUCUUUGGUCUAUACCAAGAUGGUGAAGAGACCGCUAACGACUGAAACCUCCCAUAAUCAGAGCGUUGCCCUUUGCUGUCGUGAGGAAUCCACUCUAAUUCCUUUCUUUGUCACAUUUAAGAGUGAGAACAAACACUCUGCUCACCAUCAAAGUAAUAGAGGCUAUUGAAAUCACUCACCUCCGAAAACGAAAGGUUUUUAGCCUUUGUCAUUACAGAAAAUCCAAACUCCCUUUUCUCACUGUUACAUAUAAGAGCAACCACAUAUAAACAAAUGUCAAAAAGAGAAGAGAAUGUUUACAUGUGGGGCUAUAGUAUGCCUAAAGAAACCUUCUGUACAAAGUCUCUAUAGCCUAGCUCCCCACACCUUUCGAAAUCAAAUGUGUUGUCCCUUCCAAUACGAAAUGCCCAGGACCAUUCCCUUGCUCUGUCAAUAAAUACGAACAAAAAAAAUGUGUUGCUUCAUUUUAGUCGACUUAACUGCUUUUGGUUUCCCCAUUAUUUAUUUUCUAUUAGAUGCCCAAAUGGUUGAGGAUAGUCCAUUGCACAUUAUAAUCACAAUGCCUACGGCAACAUGCCUAAUUAGCAUCGAGUUAUCAUAGAUUUCAUUAUAAUUCUGAUCUGUUAAAUAAUUUAUGUUACAUAUCUAGCUGAUCAGCAAGAGUUCACGGAUAAUUUUCAUGUACUUUUUUUCAAGCUUCAGGUCCCUGCAUUUAUAAUUAGCGAGUGCAUCCCAAUCCCUGAGAAUACCAGUUGCAGUAAUUAAUGAAAAUUAAGAAAUGUCCAUUAUGUGCCCCUGGUCACUGCUUGUUAUCCGUCGGAUACAUAGCAGCAUGCCUGAUACUCUUAAAGGAAGGGGAUAGGUUUGACUUUUUGUAAACUUAAAAUGAUGGAAGGAGUGGUACAAGGCAGGGAACAAUCUCUGCAAUCAUAUGAUAGAAUAACUGGACAUCUAAGAGAUGCAACAUGGGAAUGCGUCUACAUAACGGAAGGUGUCAGGCCCAUAUAUGUAUGGGCUUCUCUAUAGAGGUGAACCAGAUGGUAAUACAUCCCAUUGCAUCUAGAAAACUAUAAGCGUAUAUCGGGAAAGGGUUAGACUACGAAAAGCGUCCCAUGAGUUUUGAGAUGUAUGAUAGAAGUCUUCUGAUUGGGCCCUAGGCUGAAAUCGUGCAGAACAGAGGGAAAUAUGGAAGGGAGAACUUGUUGGCAAGCUAAGAAAAGGACAAGUAACCAAUAGGAAGGGAAUCCCCCUCCUUGGAGAUGCUCAAGUACCCACGAGAGUUCAGUUGCAGAGGACCUCUCCUACUCUCUCCGUUCGACCCAAACUUCCAGCGUUUCAGUAUAUAACCCUUCCUGAUCCUCUGUUUUAUGCCCCCAUUCUUAAGCCUGCCCUGUGAUCCUCUUUAGGCGACCAUAAGUGAAAUGGAUUGUGAUUCCUGAUGAUGGGCCGUUGGUCCAUUAGGCAGGAACCCAUCAUUUUCACUUCAUAAAUGGCAAGAGAAUCACAGGGCUCCGUGGCCAUGACUUAGCUUGAUCUUUGUCAAUAUAUUUGCUUUGCUACUUCUUUUGAUUCAUUUAUUAUAAUAUAGCAUGCUUUUAUAUACAAAGAUUGUAGUGUACAAUGAGCUGUUUUGAUUUACUUUACAGGAUUAUAUUUUAUUAAAGGUACGAUCCUAGAUCACAGAUUCGAGUAAUGUUUCACCAUCAUUAUUUCAAUAUCGAUGCGUUCAAAUCUCCUUUCUGAUUAUAUAUGUAAUGACCUGUCUUGCUUUCUUUGAACUGUUGAUCUUCUUUAAUUAUAUGUCAGGCAACAUGGUGCCUAAUUUUUCAGCUUCACAGCCAAUCUAUGCUGUAAGUUAAAUCAAUGUGUUUAAUCGCCUAUGCAAUUUCAGCUCCAUCUUCCCGAAGGAGGCCUCCACGCUGAUAUUAAUGGAGAUGGUGUCCUGGAUCAUGUGCAGGUGCUUUGCUCCGUUGUUCUAUUUCCUUCCACCUCGCAUUUUUGUCUUCCACCUAUAAAUGGUAACAAUGGAAUGGGAUGAUUUCGAAGAAUCAUUAGAACAGCCACUCCCAUCCCUCCGCCGUUGACUUUAAAGGCAUUUUUCCCACUCUGGAACUUUAUUGAUUUUACCUCAAUCAAAACCAGUGACUGUAUCAAAGCGUUCUCUUUUUUUUGUCUUUUCUACUUUAAAACGGAUGAUCAUCUGAAGGAUUUUCACUAAGAUUCUUGGCAAAGAAAAUCAAGACCACCUGGUCACCGCAGGCUUCGUAGUGCUUUUUGAUGGAUUGGCUCACGAUGGAGAGAACUUGGCAGGCUGUGGGCGGCCGCGGCGUUGAGCAGACGGUCGUCAGCGGGUCCAUGGAGGUCCUGAGGCCCUGCUGGGCCGUCGCCACUUCCGGCGUGCCCGUGCGGGAACAGCUCUUCAACGUCUCCAUCUGCCAGCACGCCCACUUCAACCUCUUCUAUCACAGCGGCGACUUUGCCAGGACCUUCGGCCGAGCCGCUGCCGCCGCCGACACCCAGUCCCUGGAGGUGGCGACCCCCAUCCUCCUCCCCCGCCCCGACGGCCACCGACAUCGCAAAGGCAGCCACGGGGACGUCAUCUUCUUGAACAACCGGGGAGAGGCACGAAAUUUGACCUCUCAAUUUGACUUCAGUUUGACUUUUUUCUUCGUCUUUGCGUCGUGGGUUUUUCAGGAACAACCUUGGAGAGGCACGAAAUUCUUCAAGAUUCUUGAACCGCCACGGAAACUUGACUUCAGUUUGACUUUUUUUUGCUCCCUCAAUCGUGGGUUUUUUGCAGAUGACUGCAUAUUCCCCGGGGCUGCACGGGGAAGAUGCUGUCUGGAGGUGGCAGAUCACCACCGGAGCGAGCUGGACGAACCCCCCGUCGCCGGCGGGCAUGGCGGAGGCGGCGGCGGUGGUGCCGACACUGAAAGCGUUCCGCCUGCGGGCGGGGGACCAGCGGGAGGUGGUGAUCGCGGCGGGGGACCAGGAGGCGGCGGUGGUCUCCCCCGGCGGCGUUGUGCUGGCGUCGGUGGACCUGCCGGCGGCGCCGACGCACGCGCUGGUUCUGGGGGACUUCUCCGGCGACGGGCUGGCGGACAUCAUCCUGCAGACUUCCGGCGGGGUCUACGGGUUCGUGCAGACGCGCCAGCCCGGGGCGAUCUUCUUCAGCGGUCUCGUCGGGUGCCUGAUCGUCGUCAUGGGGGUUAUCUUCGUUACCCAGCACCUCGGCUCGGCCGGUCAGGGGAAGCCCAGGGCUCCUCCCGGGCACUGGCGGUGA